UAAAAAACAUACAAUUAUAAAAAAAAAGUGACACACACGCCAUAAUGUAAAUUGCUUCUGGAUUUGGCGUUUGAGUUAAAAAAUUACAAUUUCGUGUUAAAUAGUAGCUAUUUUAAUGGAUAAAUACGGCAUCUAAAAUGUCCAACGUUAAUAUUGGCUAAGGCUUAUUGCAAUGGCUCAAUAUUAUCAGAUAGUUGGACAAGCAGGACGCACGACACUUACUCUUGAAGAUCUACAAAGAUAUUGUCCUAACAUUUGCUUGGUUAAUCAAGAUGAUCAGCAGUAUUCUCAACAACAGGUGGUGGUCCAGCCAGCAGAUCAGGCUAAUGAUAUCAUAGUAAGCGAAGGAGUCCAACCUCAACUAGUUGUGGGCGAUGGUGGCCUGCAAUACCAGCAGCAGUACAUCAUCCGCCAUGAGCCUCCACCACCGCCCCCGCCAACAGACUUCCAACAACAACAACAGCAGCAGCAGCAACAACAACAGCACCAGUUGCACAGACAAGUUUACUACACAUCUGAUUUACCAGUGGAUGCUCAGGUUGUCUUGCAACAGGCUCAGCAAAUCAUUGACGCAUCUAUGAUGCAACAGUCCUCUCCACAACACCCUCAACAUUUGGUGAGCCCCGCGCAUGUGCUGUCUCAGCCGACGGUGAUACACCCGGCGCAGCAGCCGCCGCCGCAGCCCCCGCCCCCUCCGCCGCCGCAACAUGCCCCGCAGCCGCCGCAACAACAACAAAUGCCGCGGGCAGCCACGCAGCAAUCCCAACUUAUGCAGCAACUGCAGCAGCACCAGCACAACAUACACAUGCAACAGUUGCAGCAACAACAAUUGCAGCAGCAUUUACAACAGCAGCAGCAACAACACCAGCAGCAUAUUCCGCAGCAACAGAUACAACAUCAGCAAGUUGUUAUGCAUGCCGCGUAUAUUAACCAAGCUGGUACACCAACACGCCAAGCUCCCCCUAAGCUCCUAAACCAGGCGCUGAGCAGCCCGGGCUCUGUGACCCUCGUACGGACGCCAGUGCGGACCGUACGGCCGCGGCGGCCCACCGUGCGCCCGCCCAUGCCCAACCCACAGAUGCAGACGCGUCUGCUGAACCCCCAACACCAGCAGGUGGGUACUGUGGGUUCGGUGACGCUGCCGGUGCGGCCGCCCACGUCCGGCCCGCAGAUGCAGACGCGGCUUCUUAACCCCCAGCAGGGUGUAGGCAGCGUGACGCUAGGCGGCACUAGCGCGCUGCGCGUGAGCACGCCGCGCGCGACGGCGCGGGCGCCGGGCGUCGCGGGCGGCGUGCGCGCCGAGCCGCGCCUGCUCAACCCGCAUGCGCAACAACACCGCCCGCCGAGACCGCGCACUCCCAUCAACCAGCAGCAGCAGCACCAGCAACACCAGCUUUCCUCACACGUGAACCAGCUCGUGAACCAACAGCAGGCUAUGAACCAGCAACAAGUUCACCAGCAGCAACAACAACAACAGUUUAAUCAACUGAAGCUCGCUACCCAACAACAAGUAAGUAUUCACACUAAGGUCAAUGUGGAGAAGACCAAUAUAUAUACACACAUACAUAUACAUAUGCCUUUUGGCAUUACCGACCAACCUUCUGUAAUUGGAAAUGUGUACAAACGCAAGAGUUAG